AUGGCCAUAGCUCUGCAAGAGCCAGGGGCUGCACCAAUUAUACAUUGUGGAGUGGCAGCCCAUGUCCAGAACUCGAGAAGCCACAGCCCGGAGACAGCACCUGGACGCCAAAGACUGGAGAGAGGAAGCCAGGUGCAGGAGGGGACCAGGAAGCAUCUGGCUCCUUGUUUUAGACUCUACCAGUCCACACAGUCUCCUCAGGAAACACGCCUUGCCUCGAACCAAGUUUGCAAGACAGUUAAGCUCUGCCCCUUUUGAACUCCAUUUUUCUUGAAUAGAAACCAUUUAAGAUCAGAUCUAUGACACCCACCCCCACUCUCCCCUAACAGUCCUGAUCCAGCCGGCUUCAGGGCCUGGCCUGCACAUUGGAUACCAUUUGCCUUUGCCCACACAGGCCCCUGAGCCGGUGGGUGAGUCCCUCCAGCAAUCUUCUUGCCUUCUCUGAGCUCCCUCCACAGAGCAAUCCACGUUGUGUACGGGCACAUGUGUACACACAAGUUCUCACAGACAUCCAUAUACCCCUUAUGGCGGUGCCAAGGUGGGGCCUGAGGUCAGACAGCUGCCUGGGUUAGAAUUCUUAUUCCCCUAACUUACUCUUUCUGUUACAUUGGACAAGGGACUGAAUCUCCCUGUGUCGCAGUUUAUUAUUCUACAAAAUGGGAAAAAUAACAGCACCUACCUCUUCAGAGUCAUCAUGAAGGUAAAUCAGGGCUCCUGGCACACGUUAAGCGUUCAGCAGGGUUAGUCAUCAUUGUCCAGAGCCAUGGAGUGAACUGGGUACAUGUGGACACGUGGACUCACUUUACACCUACACACACAUCUGCUACAAGAAGAUACAUCAAUUACGUUCAGGCAGACCCCAGGGCACUACAAUUCCCUGAACCAGUGUCUGGAUAUUUAGAAAUCAUCCCCUGUGUCUUUUAAGGCAUUUUACCCUCACAUUCCUCUGCUUUUCCAAGAACAUGGAUCUUCCCAAGUCGUAAGAGAUAUGGUAUCCCCUCAAGGCAUGGGAAUGCUUCAUAAGCAUGUCAAUGUGGGGCCCUGAGGUGGAGAGCAGCCCAGAAGAAGUUUGGGCAGACCCAUUAGAUGUACAGUCCUGGCCACAGCAUGGAGGAAGGCUGCACACCUCCCAUACCUGUCUCGCCAUCAGACUUCCAGCUCCACACUGACAAGGGCCAUGGGUGGUUGGAAGUUUUGUUCCUGUUAGCCAUCCUAGAGUUGGGUGGAGGACAGAGGGACAAAUGGAUGGGGCACCGAUGAUCCAGACAGUAGUUACCUUGGGUGCUAAGGUCUGAACCAGGCUUCUCAGGCCAGGCAUAGCUAGAGGAAGGCCCAUAAUGGUGGGGGCCAGACGACAACAGAGUAAGAAGGUCUUGAAACCAUGGACAGACAACAAGUGGAGGUGGAUGUCUCUGCCUCCAGCCCUGGGGGCAGCCCAGACCCUCCACUUGGGGCAGAAACAAGGCUGGUCCUUCCUUCUAGUUCUUGAGCUUUUGUACCCCAGACUCACACAGAACCCUCUGGGGUUUGGGGAUUCUGUACAGUGACUGCUGAGGAAGGCUGGCACAUUUGAUAAGACCCAGGAGACCCUGGGAGGGGCUCUGAGCAGUACAGUCAGAGCUUGGGGUGGCUGGACUGAGUCCAGGCCUCUUGCUCACCAAGUCUCCACAAGCUCUGGUUCCACUCCCUCCUCUUACACUAGCUAACACCUGCCUCAACAGUACCAGUGAAGAGACCCCAUGGAACCUAGGAAGCUAGGAUGUCACCCUGCUGGAGGCAUCUGCAUCUUCAAAGAAAGGUUUGGAGAGGGCAAUGCUUAACCCAAAGGAGAAGGAAUGGUAUUAACAGCUUCACAGCAGGCCACUAAGGAAAUACUUCCCUUCCAUCUCAAAUGGACAUUCACUUCAUAGACAUGCAAAGCGAGAUCUAGUUGAGGGGCUGGCUCCAAGUCCCCCAGUGUCAAAACAGUAGAGUUGAAAUGGGAGCUGAGAACCAACUCUUUCCACCACUGCCCACUGAUCAGUGAGAUGCAGUCAGCAAAGAGGGAAGCAGAAGCAAAUAAGCCCCAGAUGGUGUGGACAGCUCACCACAGCCCUGACACCCCCCACAACGGGCUGCGAGCAGGGCCACGUGCCUUCCCUCCGUCCAUCAUGCAAGUUGCUUCUCAAGCACCACAUGGCUUCCUCUUCCUCAGCUUCCACCUCAGGGCACCUGGUGGUGGCUGCUAUUACCACAGCCCCAUGAAGUUAGCAGGACCUUCCUCCAACGUCCCUCACCACAGCAGCUCGGCCAAUUUCCAACCACUCGCUGGAUGCCACACCAGCCUUGCAAAGCUCAUCCAAAACUCUGUUACUCUGGAGGAGUAAACAAAUCCAGCUCCUCACUGAUAAGAGGAUAUGCUUAAUUUAAUGAACGCUAUUCAAGUUGCAAGGCUGUGAUUCCUCUUACCUUUAACAUGAACUCAC